AUGCCCACCGCCGUUGUGGUGCGCACGCCUCCUGCGCCGACGGCCGCCGACGUACAUGCAUGGUUCUGCCGGCAGCAUGUACUUCUGGAGCAUGAGCGUGGAGAGGAGCGCGCACAAAACGCGCUCCUUCUCUCUCAGUGUGCGCCCCGUGUUCUCGCGCGCCAUGGCCUGGCCCUCUUGGGACUCAGCGUAUCGCGCACGUUCACGGGUGAGGGCGGCAAGAUACUUGUAGAGCUGCAGAACUCGACCGCGAUGCACUCAACAUCUGCUCUGUCGCAACAUACUUUCCGCCCAGGCGAUCUGUGUGCUCUUGAGGAGCAUGAUGCGAAGAAGCAGGCUCAGGACAUGGUGCGUGGCGUCGUAUAUCGCGUGAACGAGACGAGUCUCACGGUGGCUCUCGAUGAGCGCAGUGGAUCGCAGGAAGACAAUGAUGCUGGGCUCAUGCCCCUUUUACGGGUGGUGAAACUCGCCAACGAGGCAACUUAUGACCGCCUCUCUCAGACGCUCAAGAAGCUGGUGGAAUUAGUGGGUGUGCCGCCCCUCUUUUCCCAGGAACGGCCCACUGAUUUCGUGGGAACUCCACCGGAGAUCGUCCGUGUGCUCUUGGGCUUGCGACCACCAUCAUGGAAGGCCGAGGCGCCUGCGUGGACGCCGAUUCACCCGCGCCUCAACGAUACCCAACGAGCGGCUAUCUCGUUCGCCCUACGUGCCGAGCACCUCGCCCUCAUUCAUGGACCCCCUGGCACUGGAAAGACCACCGCUGUGACCGAGCUGAUUGUACAGCUAGCUACACUCUAUCCACAAGCACGCAUCCUCGUAUGCGGCGCGAGCAACCUGGCCGUCGAUAAUCUAUUGGAACGUGUCUUGGCACCUGAGUACAAAGACGCUCUAGCGCGUAUAGAUGCGCAUGUGACACGUAUAGGGCAUCCUGCUCGUGUAUUACCGACGCUGACCCGCGCCACACUCGACGUACAAAGCCGGCACUCGUCCGAAGGCCAACUGGCACGCGAAGUGGCACAGGAAAUCGACGAUCUGAUGCAGGUGCUUUCUCCGCCCCGUGGUGCUCCGCGUGCAGGAAAUAAAAGUGCUCGCAAGGCGCCCCGUGUGAAGGGCGAGGAGCGGCGGCGCAUGUGGGAGCAGGUACGAGAGCUGCGCAAAGAGUUCCGAAAGCGUGAUCGCGCCCUCGCUUCAACGGUACUGAAGCGAUCCCGUAUCGUCAUGUCAACAUGCCAUGGCGCGGGUGGGCGCCAGUUGGAUGAUCUAAGCUUCGACUUCUGCAUCAUUGACGAAGCAUGCCAGGCCUUGGACAUGUCGUGCUGGGUACCCGUCUUGCGACUCGCUCCUCACGGCCGGGUCUUUCUGAGCGGCGAUCACUUGCAGCUGCCGCCGACCGUCAUGGCUGAGCCGCCUCGCCCACCUGUAAGUCGCUCAGCGACCCUGCCGCCAAGCGCAUCACUGCAAGUGACUAUGUUUGAUCGCAUCUUGUCUAUGUAUGGCGAGGCCAGCAAGGCAUUCCUGUCCGUGCAGUACCGUAUGAACCAUGAAAUCAUGGCUUUUCCCAAUGCUCAACUGUAUGAUGGAAAACUGUCAGCACACGAUAGCUGCGCACAUAUCCGACUCACGGACCUGGGCAUCGAAGGCAACGACGAAAAUGAUGCGCACUGUGCUCCUCUUGUGCUGUACGACACGACAGGCCUUGAUAUGUAUGAACGGGAAGACGAUGCGGUUCUUUCGACACAUUCGCGCAUCAAUGAGAACGAGGCGUCGCUGGUCAUGCGACACAUCGAAUUGCUCGUGCAACAUGGCGUUCCAACUGCAUCUAUCGCGGUACUUUCGCCCUAUGCGGCACAGGUUCACCUCCUAAGCCAGCACAUCCGCACUAUGUAUGACAUGAGCAUAGAGGUGGGCACGGUCGACGGCAUGCAGGGUCGUGAGAAAGACGUGGUGAUCUUGAGCCUCGUGCGCAGUAAUGACGAGCAACAAGUUGGGUUUUUGCAUGACAGCCGACGCCUCAAUGUGGCCAUGACACGAGCCAAGCGCCAGCUUGCCGUGAUUGGCGACGCCGACACAGUAGGUGGCGAAAAGGCCCGGCAUGACACAACGGCUUCGCGCCAGUUCCUUCGCGCAUGGAUCGAGCACCUUCACUCCAAUGCCCUGAUAGAAAUAGCUGCAUAA